CCCGUGCUUCGGCUGACGCCGCGCCCGGCUGGAGGCCCUGGACGCCGCUCCCCAAGCUCCACCGCACCAUGGCCCCGAAGCUGCUGCUCUUCCUCUGCCUGUUCUCGGGCUUGCACGCGCGGUCCAGAAAAGUGGAGGAGGAUGAAUAUGAAGAUUCAUCAUCAAACCAAAAGUGGGUCUUGGCUCCAAAAUCCCAAGACACUGAUGUGACUCUUAUUCUCAACAAAUUGCUAAGAGAAUAUGAUAAAAAGCUGAGGCCGGAUAUUGGAAUAAAACCGACUGUAAUUGACGUUGACAUCUAUGUUAACAGCAUUGGUCCUGUGUCAUCAAUAAACAUGGAAUAUCAAAUUGACAUAUUUUUUGCUCAGACCUGGACAGACAGUCGCCUUCGAUUCAACAGUACAAUGAAAAUACUCACUCUGAACAGCAACAUGGUGGGAUUAAUAUGGAUUCCAGAUACAAUCUUCCGUAAUUCUAAAACUGCAGAAGCUCACUGGAUCACCACCCCCAAUCAGCUCCUCAGAAUUUGGAAUGAUGGGAAAAUCCUUUAUACUUUAAGGCUCACUAUAAAUGCAGAAUGCCAGCUGCAGCUGCACAACUUUCCCAUGGAUGAGCACUCCUGCCCGUUGAUUUUCUCCAGCUAUGGCUACCCCAAAGAAGAAAUGAUUUACAGAUGGAGAAAAAAUUCAGUUGAGGCAGCUGAUCAGAAAUCCUGGAGGCUUUAUCAGUUUGACUUCAUGGGCCUCAGAAACACAACAGAAAUUGUAACAACAUCUGCAGGUGAUUAUGUUGUCAUGACCAUAUAUUUUGAAUUGAGUAGAAGAAUGGGAUACUUCACUAUUCAAACAUACAUUCCCUGUAUAUUGACUGUGGUUUUAUCCUGGGUGUCAUUUUGGAUAAAAAAAGAUGCUACACCAGCAAGAACAGCAUUAGGCAUCACCACAGUGUUGACCAUGACCACACUCAGCACAAUCGCCAGAAAUUCCUUGCCUCGUGUGUCCUAUGUGACUGCCAUGGACCUCUUUGUGACAGUUUGCUUCUUAUUUGUCUUUGCUGCUCUGAUGGAGUACGCCACCCUCAACUACUAUUCAAGUUGUAGAAAACCAACUACCACUAAGAAGAAAACAUCGUUGUUACAUCCAGAUUCCUCAAGAUGGAUUCAUGAGCGAAUAAGCCUACAAGCCCCCUCCGUAUGUAUAGCCGUGAAGAACUAUUCUCUCCUCGACAUGAGGCCACCACCACCUGCAAUGAUCACUUUAAACAAUUCUGUCUACUGGCAGGAAUUUGAAGAUACCUGUGUCUAUGAGUGUCUGGAUGGCAAAGACUGUCAGAGCUUCUUCUGCUGCUAUGAAGAAUGCAAAUCAGGAUCUUGGAGAAAAGGGCGUAUCCACAUAGACAUCUUGGAGCUGGACUCAUAUUCGCGGGUCUUUUUCCCCACAUCGUUCCUGCUCUUCAACUUGGUCUAUUGGGUUGGAUACCUCUAUCUCUAAAUGUUGCUAUAGUGAUGAGUGAAGAGCACUAGGUUUCCCUCUUUACCUUUCACCCUCCCCAGACCAGUAGUGACCAACUGGAGUAAGAAGGAAGGACACUGCUCAGUUUAUCUGAAGUUAUACAUUACCUAUGAGCAGUACAGGAGUACGUGGCAAAUAUUUCUAUUAUGUAUUUCACACUUACACACAUGCGUACUCACACACACACACACACACACACACAUUAAUUGAGUUUUAAAGUGAUAUUCUUGCUAAUCCCUUAUUGAAUCUGUAGUGUGGUGAUGUUUAUGAAUGGUUUCAGAUAUUGAAAGCAAUUGCCAAUUAUCGUUGCCAAGAAAUCUGUAAAAGGUGAAAGCAAAUAUCCAAGAAGCUCUCUCUUGGGCCAAGACUCCCCUUCUAUAACUUUUCUUCGCAGCCCUUGGAUGUACCAGUGCCCACACUCAUGGAGUCACUGUUUGCUGGGACAUGCUCAUGCUUGAACUCAGCCCCACAUUCUCAGGCAGUCUGAGUUCAAGUGUGAACUGCAGUGAGUUUUGACCCAGUUUCCUCUCCUGUGGCUUCAUUUACUCUGGUACCAUCAUUGUUUCCUAGCAUUCCUUUAUCAAAUAAUAUCACCCUAGGCUUGGCAAGGGUGUAUUUGCAUCACCCACAAGUUUCCGGUUGAGAAAAAAAAAUGAUUUUCAAAAUUCUCAUGUUGCUGAAUUCAAUGAUGUCGAUUGUCUCUGAAUAUCAGUUACUUCUUUUUUCGAAACUACUGAGAAUCAGCAGUACAUUUAACUUUGGGACUAGUUCAGUUGGAGUUCAACAUUUUACCUUAGUUGGGUCUUACUAGACCAAAAUACAACCCCAGAAUAUGGGUUUUGCUUAUGUUAUACUAUUACAGGGUCAGUGAUUAACUUCAUCUUGCAAAGACAGAUAUAUACCAUUUACAAGACUUUGUCUUGAAAAUGUUUUCCGGAGUGUAAAAGAAAUGUAGCUAGAAUUUAGAAAUAUUUUAGGGAAUAUUAACUUUCAAGUCAAAUCAACCUUAGUUGCAAAAACAAGGGCAAUGGCUAUUAUCAAUGAUAUAUUUUGAUGAACAAAAAUUAUUUUAUACUUUGAAAUAUGAAUAUAUAGCAAGAUCCCAAAGAAAAAACAAUGCCCUGAAAUUAUUACUCUUUUGAUAUUUUUAUAACACAAAACUAACUUGCUUCUUGAUGUUAGUUCUUUGUUAUAACUGGAUGCCAGUAUGUACUUCACAAAACUCUUCAGAAGUUUCCCACCAUUUGUAGGAAAAAAAGUCCCACCAGUUCAUUAAUAAUGCUUUGGCAUUAUUAAAAUUUUGGUACUAAAAUUUUGGUACCAGUAGCUCUGGGCUUCUCACUUUUCUCACCCAGAAAACUGAAUUAAUUUUAUUGGAAACCAUAAAAUUUUAUUUUAAUUAUCUAUUAUAAAUAUAAUUAUUACUCAGCAAAAAAGGUAAAAUAAUAUACAGAGAGAAUAUCUAAAAGUACUGAUUUCACACAAUUUAUUGGAUGCAGACCAGAUAGAGAGGCUAGAAAAGUAAAAUUAGAUGAAUCUGUUUAUUUUAUGAACAUCAUUAAUAUCAAGUGAAUGCAAAUAUAUUGGGAUACAAUCACCCAGUUUUCAAGGACUGAGUCCAUAUAUAGUGUGAGAUAUUCAAGCCCAUUGCUUUUCUUCUUGUCAACUCCCUGCCUUUUAAUCUGAUAAUUCUACAUAGGCCACAAGCCAAUUCGGUUCUAGCUAGCAAAUUCAGCUUAAAACAUAAAAUAACAAUAAAUACUUGUGGAGAAAUAAGUUGAACCUAUUGGCUUAAUAAAAUUUCUACUCUACUGGAGAA